AUGCUAUCGCUGCUUCUCGUCGUAUUUUCUACGCUACAGUACUCAUUUGCUGUCCUUUUACAUCAGUACAGUUUGGCAGAUCUAUGGCAACGACGAGUUCUUAACGCAGUGCAUCUCUUCCCGACGCACACCUCUACCGUAUACCCAACGUUUGCUGGUGUUUCUAGCGGUACAGGCUCCACUCGUGUGCACAUGACGGUUGAUGACGUUAAGGAGUUCAUCGACCGCAUAAAGGACACUGAGAUCACGUCAAUUUGUUGUUAUGGCUAUUUAGGGCAAUUUUUUUAUGUGGUGAAUACGGGUGCGGCAAGUGAAGACGAAGUGAAGGUAUUCCUGAAUUUGACGAUGAACGACUUGGAAACUGUCGCAGAGGAGAUGCUGAUGAGGCAAAUGAAACCAGGACAUAUCUGCCGCGGUGGUGAUGGACUUUUUCAAGCAGUCUGGCGCGGAUCGAAGCUUGGGCUGCGGCAUUUUGUUGUGCAAGAGGGUGCUAUUCAUACAGUAUUUCGGCAAGACGAAAUCCAAGGUCGACAUGGUUAUUACCCCACAACACUGCAGGUGUAUCGUGAAAAAAAUCAGACCACAGCUCUGAUGGUGUGGGAAAAGGGUUAUGGCGUAAAAUACCGAAUACAAACGGGAUUUAAUCUAAUGGAAAUGGAGGCGGAAAUGUUGAAUGAGCAAACGAAACCCUUUCAAAUAGCGUCCUUAUCAGGGUUUUACUACGUCAUCUGGCAUUCAGAUGAGUUCUCAUGGGUGCGGCGUAGCAUACCUCGCACAGCUCUGUAUGAGUCCACGUCCGUAAAUUCAACCAUACUUGAUUUGGCAGUUGAAAAACAGAUGCGUUCAUUUGAAAUACCAUCAUUUUCUUUUUGCAUCUACAAAGGAGGAAAAGGUCUGUUAGCCGUUUCUUACGGCUAUUCAGAUAUACGCGCAGAAACCGAGGUGAGGCCUACAUGUUGGCACAAUUAUCGUAUUGCUUCGAUCAGUAAAACUAUUACCGCAAUGGGUAUUGCAGAGUUGAUAAACAGACGGCUGCUGAGUCUCGAUAUGAGAGUGUUCGGAAACAAAGGAAUCCUAUCUUCAAUUGAUGUGAGCCGCUCACAUCCUUGGCUUCGUGCAAUCACUAUUCGCAAUUUGUUAGAGCAUUCUUCAGGUGGUUGGCAAAAUACAGAAAAAAUAGAGUUCAACCGAGCACCACAGAGUAAAAAUCUAAAUGAAUCCGCUCUACUUCAACAUUACAUCGAAUCCUAUAAACCGAAAUUUCAACCAGGAACACGAUACUUGUAUUCCAAUAUCGGCUACAUCAUACUUGGCAAAAUUAUCGCUCAAGUCUCCUAUUAUUCACCAGACAACGCCAAUCCUUAUACAUACUGGACGCCUUCAAAGUUGAACGCAGCUGCUGGUUGGGUUAUGAGUGCUAAGGAGGUUGCUCGAUUAUUCAUGCUUCUCGAAAAGCGAAAGCAUAAUUGGUAUCAACUAUUAGUGCUACCAAGUACAGCGAAUAGGAACUACGGACGAGGAGUACAGUUAGGAAAUGACGGUUCUCUUUAUCAUUUCGGCUCACUUGCUGGCUCUGAAGGUAUAGGAUACACGAAAGGAGACCUACAGCUGUCCAUUCUGACGAAUUUCCGCGGUCGUGAACAAGGUCAACAAACCUCCUGGAUGCAUCGGCUAUGCCAAAUGCUCGCAGAAAACAUCAUCACCUUGUGA